AUGAAUACUACUAUCGAAACAUCAUUUAUUAAUGUUGCUGCUGCUUCUUCUUCUUCAACACCUUCAUCAUCUUGGAAGGAAAUCUUGAUGAAUGCUUAUAAGAAUGGACAAACUAAUGUUACCGAUCAAAUAAGUUAUGCUCUUAAUUGCUUAAUUAAGCAACUUCAUAAGAUUUUAACCGUCACUCAUCAAAAGAAAGGUCCUUUAUUUAAUAAGAUGUUGGUUUCUUCUUUCACUGCACAAAAUUUGAUUGAUUGCAUUUGUAAAGUCUUGUUGGAAACUUCCACAAGUGACAAGUUGGCAGAUUACAUUGGUCAAUUGAUGGUUCAAUUGAAUAUGAUUGAAUUUGAUUGUCAAAAUAAGAAUUCCACUAGAUUAUCUGAUGAUAGAAAGAGAUUGGUUCGUUUCUUACAUCCAUACAUGCCAAGAUUGGUUAUCAUUGGAGGUGGACAUUCUGGAGUAUUGACAGCUUGUCAGUUAAAUGAUUAUUUCUCUAUUGUUUUGAUUGACAAGAAUCCACAUUGCACUUUAAAGCCGGCAUUUCCAGUAAUUCUAGAGAAAGUUGAUCAUGUUAACAAGAUUUCUAUCAAUUACUCUGAAAUUCUCCCUUCAAAUGUCACUUUCAUUCAUGGGUUGACCAAAAUAGUGAGACAGGAUGGUGUCUUUAUUGAAAUUGCUGGAAAAGAGCCACAAAUCAAGCACAUGUUGACAAAUGAAUAUUCAGAUUCCAACACAGAUGUAAGAAAUUGUAAAUUCCUUUCCUUUGAUUAUUUGGUCAUCGCCACAGGUUGCAAUGGUUGGAAAAAUGUUCCACAAAUGGAAAAUCCUCAAAAGGAAAACAAGAUUUUAUAUGUUGAUGGUUAUAACAUGGACAUGGUCGAGUUGUCAGUCACUGCCAUUAAUCAAUCCAAUCAUGAUAUUGUUGUAAUUGGAGGUGGAAGUGUCGGAUGUGAAUAUUUUGGAUCACUAGCUCAAACUUUCCCAAAUAGGAAUUGUUAUUUAAUUCAAAGAUCUGACAUGUUAAUGAAACCAUCCAAAGAUGCUCACAAGGCAGCAACUGAUACAUUUGCCAAGAUGAAGAAUGCAAAUGUCAAAUUUAAUUGUCAAGUUGAUCGUCAAGAAGAUUCGAAUAUUCUUGUUGUAAAGUCAUUGGAAAGUGGAGAAGAAACAAGAAUCAAGUGUUGUGUUUGCUUCCUUGCCUCAGGUAUCUCACCAAACACUAAAAUGAUGAAUGAAUACUUUGGAGAAAGCAUGGACGAAAAUAAUUAUCUGAAAGUGAAUCCUUCCUUCCAAUUAUGGAAAUCUAAUUCUGAGUAUUUUAACAAUAUUUUCGUUUUGGGAGAUGCCAAUAAUGCUGAUACUGAAAAACUAAUUCAAAAUGCAGAUAUUCAUGCUGAGAAAUUUGUUGAAAUUGCCAAAUCUAUUCUAAAGGUUUCGUCUCCCAACUCAAAUGAAGGUAUUUUAGCAACGUAUGAUAAUGCUCCUCGUGUGAUGGCUGUUUCACUUGGUCCUAAAACUGGUUUCUUAAUGAAAGAUAACAAGAUCAUGUUCAAAUCUGGCGUUGUAAACAAAUUGAAAUCUGCCAUUCAAAAUUCAACUCUAAAAACCUACAAAAAAUUUCAAUAA